CCCGGGUUUCGCUUGCUGGAACCGAGGGAGGUGAUGGAGGUGGUGUACCACGACGAGUGCGCCUACAAGCAGAACGACAGCGGCGGGGCAGCGUGGGAGAACGAUGAAAAGGGCGCAGCGAUGAGCCCGAAAAACGAGGGCGCCGCUGUCAUGGUGUCGGACUUGAUCGGCGAGGAACGCGGGCAGCUGGACAUCCCCGCUGAGGUGUACGCGAUCAUGCAGGAACACGGGACAAUGCCGAAGAGGGAGAUUACGGAUGAAGGAGCUACGCUCUCCCGCAGCGACACCUACGUCGGGCGUUGCAAGCCGUGCGAAGAGUACCCCGACGGCAUGAAGACGAAGAAGGUGUCUGAUGCUGUUCACUCGCUCGAGCGCGUUCUUUCGGAGCUGAACAUCGACUGCAAGGAAUCUGGGCCCGAGUACAACCUUGCGCGCUCGGCCAGGAUCAUCCUCCGGGUCGGCAAGAACCUCGACGGAUACUGGGAUAGCAACCGCUUGUGCGUGCAGCUUGAGGCCAUAUUCGCGGCGUUCGAGAUCUCGAGGGAACCAGGCCGACAGAUGCUCGCAGUCUUUGACAACUCCACCGGGCACAACGCAUACAGCCCCGACGCCUUGAGGGCGCAGAACAUCCGAGCCUCACCAGGGGGCGAGCAGAUCCCCCCCCGCAACUUCGAGUACAACGGCAGAACGAUCUACACGACGUUUCGGGAGGGCGACGUGCUGUGCUUCAGAUCCAGCCCCUUCGCUCGAAAGACAGAGGCGGAGGCCGUGGGUACCACCCGGAGCUCAAUGCUUUUCCAGCGUUUCUGGGGCUACACCAAGUCUAUCGAGCGCCGUGUCUGCGACUACUCCGUCCUGAGUCUGCUUGCAAGGCUUCCCAUGACGCUGAGCACUGUCUCUUUGUCACUGUGCCGAAAAUGGGCCCGUGUUUCCUGGCUGUACAUAUAUGCCUACAGCCACGGGCUUGAGGGCUACUUGCAAACCCGAGACCUCAAGAAGUGGACGAACCACCGCUCGCCCACCGACACGGCCGACAACGUGUUGCUGGCUCGUGGCCAAGCAACAACCGCGGAGGAGCGCAAGGCCAAAGAGCAGGCCGCCCUUGCCGCGGCCAAGGAGGCCAGAAAAAAGUCUAACGAGGCUGCCGAUAAGAUGUUGAAGCGUUUCGUAGCGGCAAAGGUCGCACCACCUCACUUCACCGGCAGCACCAGCCGGCGCGAUGUUGUAUCUGUGUAA